ACAAGACAAAAGGACAAAACUUUAAACAAAACAAAUAUACAACACACUGUGUUCAGCUGUUUUGGGUUUCCUGUUUGUAGUCCUCUGAGUCAGCGGUGUACGCUAAAAUAUUAUCAACAUUUUUCAGUGAUUUGACUACUUUAUAUGAAAACAUGUCUGUCAACAAUCCUAGAACAGUGUCGAAGAAACCAUAUUAAGGCGCUUUUAUGGCAAUAAGACGCAGCUGGGAUGUAUUUUUCGUGAAAUGAUUUCAUAAAAGGAUCGAUUCGUCCACUAAAAUCUGUCAUGCGAUGAGACAACAUUAACACUGUAGAUGACUCCGAUGACUUGAUGUGCCCUGGGUAACCGUCAAGGACGUUGUUUCCGCAGUUUUUGAAGGACCUUAUUAUAACGGGUGUCAUGCCGUGUAUAAGUAAAUUAAAAUCUCUAUGGAGUACGACGAAAUAUUUUCUAUUCUCAUCUGAUGAAAAUAUUCGCGGUAAGCGCCGUUUGGCUCUUGGUGUAGUUGUGCUCCUUCUUGUCAAUGUCAUAUGGGUUGUAUCAGCCGAACUCAGUUCUUACAUUUUUAAAGGAGAAGGUUACAAUAAACCGUUUUUUACGACAUAUYUCAAGACAUCUGCCUUUAUGAUGUAUUUGGUUGGUUUUCUGUUCUACCAUCCAUGGCAGUACCAAUGUAUGAGGUGCUUCAGUAAAAAAUCAUCGGCAUCAUCAAAUAUAACAAGGUCAUUCAGAGUUAAUACAAAUAAUGAGAUMAGGUCUACAGAAAGUAGCUCAUUGCUCUCCAGUCCACAGUCAUCAAGGUCUUCAUCACCAGGCCUAAUUACGCAGAGGCAGUAUCUGACUGAGUCUACAUUUGAACCAAUCACAGAUGAAGAGAUCAGCCAGGCUAAUGAAAGUCAACAUAAUUCUGAGUCUGGUUCAAUCAAACGACACGUACACUUCAACAGCUACAGGGAGGUUAGACAUCUUCAAGGACGCGAGGAAGCAGCAAGCUUAGCAAGAAUGUCACAUGAUGUCACUGAACGUUUAAAAAUUCUUGAUGACAAAAUGAGUUUAKCAAAAGUUGCCAAGAUUGCAGUGACAUUUUGUUUUCUGUGGUUUCUUGCAACUUGGGGCUAUCAGGAGGCRCUCAAUGAUACAUCUCCUGCUUCUGUAAAUAUACUUUCAUCAUCAUCAGGCUUGUUUACUCUGCUGUUGGCAUCUGUUUUCAAAAGUUCGUCAGCUGACCGGUUAACACUGUCAAAAGCGAUUGCUGUURUCAUAAGUAUAUGUGGUAUUGUUAUGGURACAUUGUCUGAUUCACAAAAUACAAAAGGAGGAAUCAGUUAUGGUGCUAUUUGGGCUUUAGGUAGUGCAUUCCUCUAUGCCUGCUAUUUGGUAUUUUUAAAGAAAAAAGUUCCUGAUGAAAGUAAAAUUGAUGUUCCAAUGUUUUUUGGUUUUGUUGGAUUGUUUAACCUUGUGCUAUUGUGGCCAGGUUUCUUUGCUCUUCAUUACASYGGCAURGAACCAUUUCAAUUACCUCCAAAUCUCAAUGUGUGGGGUUAUUUAACAUUAAAUGCUGUUGUUGGGACAGUUUUAUCUGAAUUUUUAUGGCUUUGGGGAUGUUUCUURACUUCUUCGCUGACAGCAACACUGUCUUUGAGUCUUGUAAUUCCAUUGACUAUGAUUACAGACAUUUUUAUGAGCAGAGUUAAGUUUCAUUGGUUGUUUCUUGUUGGCACUAUACCAGUAGUUGUAUCAUUCUUUGCUGUCAGUUUGUUAACACAUUACACAGAUUGGGACCCAGCUAUGUCUUGURUCAAGAAAUGUAUUGCUCUUAUCAAGAACACAGAUGCCCACAAUGGGUUGGAUGGCGAACAAAGGCAAAGUCUUAUUACAAAUGAAGAGCARCAGGAAACACAUAUUCAAGUACCUACAUAACAGAAAUCUCUAUAUUUUAUUCUGAAGAAAAUUUAGAAAAGAAAAUUAUAAUUAUAUUCUAGCUAUCGUUCAAUUAUCCAUAUUAUAGAAUCUGUGGAUUGACUUUUUAAACAUGAAAAUAUUAGUAUUUUGUUCUUCAUGGUUCUUGGUCAAUCCCGAU